ACUACAUGCAGUGGGCGGGGUCUCUACAGUUGAUUGACGUGACGCUCCGCUCUUUCUGGUUGGCCGCGUUGGUUCCGCCCCCUUUCCGCUCCCCGCGAUAUGAUUGGCUGCUUGAGGCUCGCUCUUCCUUUCCUUCGUCCCUGAGAGAGACAGCCGCCAAGAUGAACGACACGGUGACCGUCAGAACCAGGAAGUUCAUGACCAACCGGCUCCUGCAGCGGAAGCAGAUGGUCAUUGAUGUCCUUCACCCUGGAAAAGCCACCGUCCCCAAGACCGAAAUCAGGGAGAAGCUGGCAAAGAUGUACAAGACCACCCCGGACGUCAUCUUUGUGUUCGGUUUCAGGACUCACUUCGGCGGUGGCAAAACCACGGGCUUCGGCAUGAUCUACGACUCCUUAGACUACGCCAAGAAGAACGAGCCCAAGCACAGACUCGCCAGACACGGCCUCUACGAGAAGAAAAAGACAUCCAGGAAACAGCGCAAAGAGCGCAAGAACAGAAUGAAGAAAGUCCGGGGCACGGCCAAGGCCAGCGUGGGCGCCGGCAAGAAGUGAGCUUGAGGGAUGUUAUCACAGAAAGAGUAACGGAUCCCCGGAUGAGGCGUCCGAAGACUGUGCUUUCAUCUUGGAGCUUGUAAUAAAAAACUGUAAAACACCGAA